UCGCACAAAACUGCAUGCCCAGUUGCAUCUAUAUAUAUAUAUAUAGCCUUCAACUCUCAAGUCUAUCAUUAUCUCUCCCCAACUGCUUUUGUCGCAACCUUCAUUCAGUUUCUCAUUUCCUAAAUUCAUCGAUUCCACUCAAUCCUCGAUGAUAUCAACAAGAUUACUUCCAUUUCCAAAUUUCGAAAUCCCUCCCUACCUCGUUUCAUGAUAUGUCCACCAUUUUUGAUCUACUGAUUUCGACGAUGAGGAACUUCACAAUGAAGCUCAUGUCCGAUUUAGCUUACGACAGAGGCUGAAAUCAAAUCAAAUCAAAUCGAUCAACCACAAAAUUAGUAAUCGAGAUCUAUGGAAGGUGCGAAGAGGAAGGAUAUGAAGAGAUCUGUGCUGAAGAAACUGGAGAGGUAUGUGUGGACGGGUCGAUCCAAGGCGAAAGCGGGUCGGGUCGCACCGAUGGGCUGCUUCACGGUUUAUGUGGGGCCCGAGAAGCAACGGUUCGUGAUAAAGACGGAAUAUGCGAACCACGCGCUAUUCAAGAUGCUGCUGGACGAUGCUGAGCUGGAAUACGGUUACCACAGCGACGGGCCCUUGCUGCUUCCCUGCGACGUCGAUCUCUUCUGCGGAAUCAUCGCUGAGAUCGACGGCGAUGAGCACGUUUCCGCCUUCGUCAACGGCGCCUGCAGCCCCUUCAAUCCGGCGCGGCGCCUCGGGAAGGCUACUGAUAUGGCCAAGGGAUGCGCCUCCUACGCCGCCCUCACGCCGCCGCGCUUGCACUUUUGAAGGAGAAUAUUCCGGUGACCGGUCGUUUUGUGUUUAUGUAGUGCAACUAGGAAUUAAAAGUUAAAACUAAUAAUUAGACUACCAAAUCAGGAUUAUCUGGAAAUUAAUUGUUAUCGUUUUCAUGAAUUUCCAAGUGCUAUUUUUUUGCUCUUA